AUGACGCUGGCAAAGGAUUACAGAAAACAGUCAGCAAAAGUGGACGCUGGAACAUGUUCGCCGGUCUACGACAUUCGUGUCGGGUCGGACAUUUCGAUGCGUCAUGCCAAUCAGCCGAAACACACUGAAUGUAUUGACGCCAAAUUUGAUCUACCAAAACCACGAAACAAAGCCACAGUUCCAGAAGCCGCUCUCCUCAACUACAAAUACACGAGCAGUUCAAAGCUAAUUCUCCAGGAGACACGCAGGAAGCAGGUGUGCUUUUUUCUCCGGUUCCCGCACACUGGGUAUUUCAAAUUGGAGCUCUACGCCCUACCUGCAAAUGACCGCAGCGAUUCUCUGCCCAACGUGUACAACUAUUUGAUUGAGGCCUCUAUGUGCCAUCGACUGCGCGGUCAGGUGAUGCCUUACCCUCGGCAGUUUUCGAACUGGGACCGCGGUUGCUACCUACUGACGCCGACCGAGGGCAUCCUUGGGCUAGACGACAAGGGCAGGUUAAGUAGUAAACCUCCCAACAGUCUGCCCUUCGACGUCACCAUACCAAACGCUUUUGCCGUAGCCGUGGUCGUGGGUGACAAAUGGACGGAUCUGACCCCCGAGGGCGAUCACUGGAAGGGUAUUGUAGACAUGAAAAAACACUGGGGCAGCGAUCAAAAGCUGGCUCUCUGUGCUAAAUACACUAAGGACGAUUCCAAGUACAGCGUCCUACUCCUGUAUUCCAUAGCUUGGUAA